UUGCGCCAAAUUUCAACAUGUCAGACGAUGAGGACUAUGAAAAAUUGGCGCAUCAACAGAAACUGAAGGCUGCCGUCCACUACACUACAGGACAGAUAUGUGAGGAGUUUGCCGAGGAGGAAGAGGUCACUUAUAGCAGACAGUUCAUAGCGGCCGUCACUGAGGCUGCAUACAAACAAAUACAGUCAUAUGGCAGGGAUUUGGAGCUGUUUGCUAGGCAUGCCAAGAGGAUGACCAUUCAACCUGAUGAUGUGAAGUUACUUGUGAGGAAAACCCCACAACUGCAUGAAUACAUCAGUCAGUUGUGUAAGGAUGAUGAAGAGGACAAUGGACAGAAGAAAAAACGGGGAAAGUCAACCAAUAAAGGAGGCAAGAAAAAAACAAGUUCAACAUUGACUGACACUACAAAUAUAGGAGAAGACUCCAGUGAGUCACGUCUGUUCCAGGACAGUUGACAUGGUAUUGAGGAGAGGUUUAUGGUAAAAGUUUUGCUACAUGUCACAGUUAUAGGAUAAUGAUCCUCAGAGAAGGGUGUGUUGGAUCAGGCAAAAAAACUUACACUAUAGGCUUGACUUAAAUUUUGUGUCACUAUUUUUAUGUUUUCUGUAAUUGGUGAUGUGUUGUUUCGAAAGUAGUGUUAUAAAAAGCACAUAACAAAAAGCAAUUAUGUUAGUCAAUCAAAGGCAUUCUGAACUAAACCUCUUUUUGAACAUCAUAGUUGAAACAACAGCUACAUCUGUCAGAAGGAUUUAAUGUCUUUAUUGAGAUCUUGUUAAUAUUUAAUCAGACCUCUUUUGUGUUUCCAUAUAUUGAAGAAAUCAUUGUUUCAGUUAGAUCAUCCAUACGUUAUGUAAAAAGAAUCAGCAGUAUGUACCAGGUACAUAGAUAAACUUUCAAGGUCUUUUUUUCAUAAACAGUUGACUGUACACGUAAAACAAUUGAAUGCUUAAGUCAUGAUUAAAAUAUAUUUAUAUAAAAUUCACAAAAAAAUCUGUUGCUUCUUGAUAUGCGAAAAAUUUAACCUUAACCAAAAUAAUACACUGAGUAAAAAUGUUUUGUUAAAAUAAACCACUGUUUACUUGUUCAAGUAAAAUACACAUUUCAAAUACAUGAAACCCAUUGCUUUUGUUUGUUGCUUCAACAACAUUCUACAAAUUGCACAAUGUAUAUUGCUACAUGUACUUAUCCAGUAAUAACAGGCACUUAAGUCUUAUAUAUAUUUUAUACACCGAGCAAAAAUAUAAAUGCCUCAUGCAAUACCUGAAGCAUUUUAUCAGCAUUUUACCAUUAUGUGUUUUAUAUGCAUUAAAUCAUACAAAGUAAAUUUUGUUCAAAGUGCUACAGAUUACUGUCUGUAGCCCAUUACAUGUCGUUAUUUACAUGGGGAAUUUAUAUUUUUGCUCAGUGUAUGAUAUGCUUUUGGCACAAUCAAGGGAUUCUUUGGUGUUUCAUCAUUAAGUAGUAAAAAGAAUCUAUAUAAUGAUAUAAAAGUCUAUAAGGAGUUCUAAUUUUGGCACAAUAUCUCAAAUCUACAAUAUCACUAAUUUGAAAUAUAGAGAAUGAACUUUAAAUUUGUGUAAAAUUGUUUGAAUUGAUGCAUUCUGUGUUAUAUUUAAU